AUGGCGUUGCGGCUUCUUGCCCUGCAUGGCUUCGGGCAGAAUGCGGAGGUCUUCAUUCAGAAGCGUGCAAAGGAGCUUGUCCGAAAGCUCAAGGGCACUGCUGUCCUUCACGCCAUCGACGCGCCGCACCCGCUGCCCUACGAUGCCACCCUGAGAGGAUGGUGGCUUUACGGCCCGGAGCUCUGGGAUGGCAAAGCAGAGACGAUUCAAGCCUUGGCAGACACCUUGCUACAGCGCCCGAGCUUUCCCCCGCAAGGACUUCAAGAAAGUCUGUCUCUGGUCCUGGCGGAGUGGGAAAAGGGCUACGACGGCAUCCUCGGGUUCUCCCAGGGCGCCAUCCUUGGCGCCGCGCUCUGCGCGGAGCUUCAACGACAGGGCCUCCCACCGCCCAGAUGCGCCGUGCUCAUUUCGGGCUUUGGCAAACCCGUCCCUGAAGGGGUCAUUUUUCCAUCUCAGCCACUGCCGAUUCCAAGCCUCCACAUCUGGGGGGCAGAGGACGACCACAUCCCAGCCUGGGCUAGCGAAGCCUUGGCAAGUCGCUUCGAGGCCGCGAAGACGCACGCCCACGGAGGACAGCAUUUCGUGCCGCAGAAAGCCGCUGAUUUGAAUGUCGUGGUCGACUUCCUCAAGAGCAGUCUCGAUCCGGCGGCCGGCGCCGUUCCGAAGCCGGAGACGGCAGCAGCUGCAACGAAGGCUGCGCUUCCGGUUCCGAGUCGGGCACCCAUGCCUGGACUGGAGGAGCUGAAAAAUGCUUUGUCGGCCUACCGGCCGGCCGCAAGCUGUGGACAGGUCCGUCCCCCUGCAGCGCAGCCAGCAGCCACAGCUGCAGCAGCCGAGUCGACGUCGUACUUGCCUGAGGAGCUGGCACCUCCUGGCACCGGCACCUAUGAAAG